GACAGGCAGAUUCCUUUGACAUUGCGGGAGAGGAGGAGGGACGAUAUUGGUGUUACAAAACGUGUAACACUGUCGGUCCAAUUAUUUAGUGUAAACAGUAAAUGUUUACCGCUUCAAAGUUGCAAUAGUAAAAUAUUGUAACUGUUAGCGGGAUAAUGUAUCGGCGACCAAUACAGUCCGCCGUCAGGAACAUUUUAAGCGUUUCAGCAUCCAAGGCCACUCUCGGAAAGGCAGUUGAACAAGAUGGUUGUCUCAAAGCUUUAGUUGUUGCAGCCACCAUCCCCUCCUCACAGACACAAAGCAGGACCUUGCACAAGAGUAGACAGCUUUAUACGGUAAAAGAAACCCCCCAGGCUACAGAUGAGGAAGUGGGGGCCUUCACCAAGCUCAUUGAGGCCAUGGGCUUCACCGGACCCCUCAAAUACAACAAAUGGAAAAUAAAGAUUGCUGCCCUGCGUAUGUACACAUGCUGUGUAGAAAGAAUCAACUACGAUGAGUUUUUUGAAAAGUGCUCCCUCCCUGACACGCUUAACUCCUGGUUCCUAGUGGCGCAGUUCCAUGUCUGGAUGUGUCUGGUUCGAAUGCGGCAGGAGGGCAGAGAGGGGAAGUAUAUGUGUCGCUACAUCGUCCAUUCCAUGUGGGAGGAUGUGGAACAGAGGAGCAAGAUCAUGGGGAUUGAUGCCGUAGAGAGGAAAGAGGCCCUGAGAGCCAUGACGGAGAAUUUCUACGCUGCUAUUUUCGGAUAUGAUGAGGGAAUACUGUCGGACGAUGCUGUGUUAGCCGCUGCCCUCUGGAGAAACUUGUUCAACCGACAGUGUGAGGACCCGCUGCAGCUCGAGCUCAUGGUAGAAUACGUCCGCAAACAGAUGCAGUUCAUUGAUGCGCUGGAUGGUGAGGACCUGCUGCUGACGGGAGAGGUCAAGUGGCGCCCUCUGGCGGAGGAGAACGCUCAGAGCAUCCUGAAGGUCACCACGCCCACGUACAAUGACACUGGCCUCUGAAGCCCUGCCGUCUCCCUCCCUCUAUCUCUCUCUCUCUUCACUCAGUCCCAUGAAGCCCCCCCUCUUUUUCUCUUUGGAGACUAUAGACAAGAUGGCCAUCAGGCAUCAAGAAACAUACAUACUGUACACACACACAUAAACACACACACACACCAUCUUUCAUUUCAUUCUCUCUCUCUCCUCAUACCUCAUUCUCUCUCUCAGUCUCUGUCUCUCUCUCUCUCUCUCUCUCUCUCUCUCCGUCUGUCUGUCUCUCUACUCUCAAUUUAUAGCCCCAUGAAGCAAUCUGUCAAAGAACGUGUGUAAACACAGGACUCCCAUAAGCGUUGAGAGUGUGGAUGAUCUCUUACCGGAACUGUGUAUGUAUGUUUUGCACUGUCCUUUUCUAGAUUAGAGAAGGAUGUUCUGUAUUUAUAUGUCUCUCUUCUUUUACUGAUGCCAUAUUUAUAAGAGUUCUGUUUAGUCCUUAAAGAAUCUCUCACAUGUCCUGUUUUGUUUGGAUGCAUUGAUUCCGUCUUCCUCUCCCUCUCACUGCAUUAUGGGAAAUGUCCUUGCUGUCACAGAUGCUGUUCAACAUUGGGGUUUUUUCGGUUUUAACUCGAAUAAAAAUGUUCUCUGGUUGUGUA